AUGGAAUCAGCUAGCACUAUUUAUAGUAAAAUAGAAGCCGAUGUAUUAAAGCGAGAAGAAAAUCAAAAAUUUGAAUAUGAAGAAGAAAUUAAACAUAAACAAAAAAUUAAACAAUUUAAUAAACAAAUUAAAAAAACUAAGUCAAAAUCAGUAAAAACAGAAUUAAGUUUAAAAAAACAAAAAUUAAUAGAUGAAUAUAAUGAUUUUGAAUAUCAAUCCUUAUUAAAUGAUUUAAAUAUACGCAGUAAUUUAGAUUACCUUUACAAACAAUUAGAGUAUGUAAAUAAAAACUAG